AUGCCUACUUGGAAGACCUUCCUUACAUUGGCCCUAGCCGGCUCCGCGGCCUCCUGCGCGCACCACAAUGAUGGCGACGUAGUACCCGAGCAUGAGCGGGCGGAAUUGCUCAAGAAAUGGGAUCAAGAAUGGUCCUUCACCGGCAUUGCCAGCUUCGCUCACCUGAAGCCAGUCAAGUGUCUGAUCGAGCCCGACGAGCACUAUGAUAUUGCCAUUAUCGGCGCACCAUUCGACACAGCCGUCAGCUACCGACCAGGAGCCCGGUUCGGACCCCGCGCCAUCCGCGCCGCCAGCGCGCGCCAGAUGGCCGGCACAAGCUACAACACCCGGGCAGGGAUCAACCCGUACCAAUCCUGGGCCAAGAUCACCGACUGCGGCGACAUCCCCAUCAUGCCCUUCGACAACGCCGUCGCCGAGCGCCAGAUGUACGAAGCAUUCCUAGAGCUAGGCUCCCGCAAGAUCGUCAACAAGGCGCCGAAAGCCACAGGCAUCGGCGCCAGCCACCCGAAGCUAGUAACGCUGGGCGGCGACCACAGCAUUGCGCUGCCAGCACUGCGCGCCUUGUAUCAGAUCUACCAGAAGCCGAUUACCGUGCUGCACUUCGACGCGCACCUGGACACCUGGAACCCCGUGCGGUACAGCGCGUACUGGCAGUCUGAGCAGACGCAGUUCAACCACGGGUCAUUCUUUCACAAGGCGAGUCGGGAGGGACUAAUUUGCAAUUCUACGUCUGCGCAUGCGGGACUGCGGACUCGGCUUACCGGUGUUGAUGCGGGGGAUUAUACGAACCCGGGACCUGAGCAGGGAUUUAUCCGCAUUCAUGCGGAUGAUAUUGAUGAGUUGGGGCCGACGGGGGUUGUUGAGACGAUUAUUGCGCGUACGGGGCUUGAUCCUGAGCAGCCGGUUUAUCUCUCUGUGGAUAUUGAUGUUUUGGAUCCGUCGACGGCGCCUGGAACUGGCACCCCGGAGCCUGGCGGUUGGACUACGCGUGAGUUUAUUCGCAUUCUGCGUGGGUUGGAGAAGUUGAAUCUUGUGGGUGCGGAUAUUGUGGAGGUCUCGCCGGCUUAUGAUAAUAAGGGUGAGACUACUGCUCUUGCUGCGGCACAGGUUGCUUUUGAGAUUAUCACUAGUCUUGUCAAGUCUGGUGUUGAUGAGGAGCUUGGUGGGUGGUAUGGCUGGAUGGGACAGGCCGAGACUCAGGAGAAGAAGGUCAAGGAUGAGCUUUGA